AUGGCCAACAGGGACCCUUUCCCUGCCCAGGGAACUGUCCAUCGGGCCCUCAAGAGCAGCCCAGAACAGAGUGUGGAGUUGAAGAUCCGCUGUGCCUUCCCAGGAGUCCUCCCUCAUCCCCGCCAGUCUCCUGAAAUCUGCGAUCAGCUACCACAGGGCCAGAGCUUACCGUUCAGCGGACCCUGUGGCCACAGGAUCUUCUCUAAAGACUCCUCCAACAGGCAGCCACCUCGCUCUCCUGAAAUCAUGAGGGUGAACCUGAAGCGGGCCCAGCCCUAUCCAGGGGGGCUCGAUGUGACCCCCCCCACCUCUGGCUGCGUUUUCUGCCUCCAGUUGAACUCUGGAGCCAAAGAGGCUGUCAGUAGCACCCAUGUCUGCAUGAAUUCUCCCAGGCACAGCCCAGAGUCGGCAGAGCGGGGAGGGUAUGGGGUGCUCCUGCACAAGCCCGGGGGCAGUGGCAUGUCAUGUGACAAAGGGGGCCGAGGAGCCAGAGCCAGCCUGCCCACCUCUGAGUCUGGAACUGUGCAGCAUUUUCUCUCACGCUGUGCAGAGGACAGCAGCAGCUUCAGAAUCCCCAUGGCUGCGGUAGCCGAUACCCAGGUCGACAAGCCCAAACCUGAGGAUCUGGGCCUUGAGGGGACCCUCCUCACUGACAUCCUCUACAGGAACGUGACCUUCCUCAACCUGGUGGACCCCAUCUCCCAUGACCUGCUGGUGAACCUGGCCCGGGACCUGCAGUGUCCCAAGAAGGACUACGAGCUCUGGAAAUCCUCCGACAAGAUCUGCCGGCAGCUCAUCUACCACCUCACCCCUCAUUCCAAGCGGCACCGAGGGCCCAGCCACCCCCAGAGGAAGACCCAGAGCUGCCUCAAGAGCGGCCUCCAGAAGACUCUGCUGGGCGGGGAGACUGUGGACCUUUCGGGCAUCCCGCUGUCAGCGCGAGACGUGCAGCACAUAAUGUGCUACCUGGGCAGCCAUGGCGCUGGGCUGGCGGUGCUGGACCUGAGCUUCACAGGGCUGAGUGAUGAGUUCCUGCACCUGCUGCUGCCCAGCCUGUGGACGCUACCCCGCCUCACCCAGCUCCUGCUCAACGGCAACCGGCUGACACGGGCUGCUGCCCGCGAGCUCACGGAGGCCGUCAAAGACACCACCAAAUUCCCUGCGUUGGCCUGGGUGGACCUGGGCAACAAUGAGGAUGUGGCCUCCCUGCCCCAGGCCCUGCUCGUCGGCCUGCGCCGGCGGCUGAGCCAGCGUACCUCGCUCCCCACCAUCUACGAGGGUCCAGACUUUGAGGCUGGGGAUGGCACAGCUGGGUCUCCCGCUGCUGCCUCUACAUGGGGCUCUGCAGCUGCUGGCCCAGGGCCUGAGCCACAGGCCUGCUGCGCCAGGUGACCCACCACUCACUUCCGUCUGUGCUACUGAGCGAGGGUGCUCUUGAGUGCACAAAAGCGAGUGGUGGAGAUGCCGCAGGCCUCCAGGGAGCCAGUGGAGCUGCGCGGCCUGGGACCAAGGGGUUGGCCAGGCAAGGCUGACUUCCCUUGGCACAUUUAGGAGGCUCCUUCCCUCAGCAGGAGGGUCCCUGGCACCCGCAGCACAGACCCCGCAAUAAAGUGCUGACCCCCUUGG